AGUUAUCAGAGCACAUUUCUGAGCGGACGGACACAAACUAAUCAUGAGGAUGCUGAUCCUGGAGCUGCAGCCUCCUCUCUUCAGUGCAAACCCGGGAUGCUAGUGUAACUUUUAAUGUGUUGAAGUUUCGUGUUUUCUCUCUGAUUUGUAUCCGCUUUGAAGUGCCUACCAUGGCUGCUCCAUCAGUGCACAGUGCGCUCUUUCUGUGCGCCUUCCUCCAGCUGUUCCCCCUGCCCGGAGGACAGGUGCCGAGCUGCCAGGAAGUGCGCACCGUGUUCCAGUCUCUGCACCCGGGCUCCAAAUGGGUCCCAGAAACCCCGGUGUCAGGUGCCGAUCUGCAGGUCUGCCAAACCAAAGGCCCGACCUGCUGUUCCAAGAAAAUGGAGGAGCGGUAUCAGGUAGCCGCACGCAGCAACAUGGAGUCUGGUCUGCAGGUUGUCAGCGCUCAACUCAAGCGUAUCAUCAUCCAGAACGCUGCCAUAUUCCAAGAGGCCUUCGAUCUGGUGCUGCGUCAUGGCCGUAACUUCACUCUGGCCAUGCUGAAGUCGGAGUUCCCGGGCCUCGGAGGUGGAGCCCAGAGCUCUGUGGGGCAGCUCUUCUUGGACAUGUCGCUCUACAUUCUGGGCUCAGACUCCACAGUGGACAACAUGGUGGCGGUGCUCUACGGUCGCCUCUUCCCCCUGGCUUACCGCCGCCUGCUUGGUGGCUCUGUAUCCUCUGCGUCUGAGGAGUGUGUGAGAGGAGCCUGGAAGGAGUCCGGAGCAUUUGGCCCCUAUCCCAAACUGAUGAUGACCCGUCUGUCUCGCUCCCUCCUGGCCACUCGGGUCUUCCUGCAGGCGCUGAACCUUGGCAUCGAGGUUGUCAACACCACGGACCACCUGCGCCCUGGCCGGGACUGCAGCCGGGCACUGCUGAGGCUCUGGUACUGCCCGCACUGCCAGGGCCUGCUGGGGCCGCCGGCCUGCAAAGGCUUCUGUCAGGCCGUGAUGCAGGGCUGCCUGGGGGGGGCGGCCGAGGUGCAGCCUCACUGGAAGAGCUACGUCGACGGGCUGGGGAAGCUGGCAGGCGGCAUGAGAGGAGAGCAGGACAUCGAAGCUGUUGUUCUUAGACUGCCUUCAAUGAUCAAACUGGCUCUCAAGCACGCUGUCAACGCCCGCAGCCGCCUCACUGCCCUGGUGAGCGGGAUGUGUGGAACUACUCCUCAGCGGACCUCUCGCUCAGUAUCAGCCCCUCCUCCCCAGCUUCCUGCCUCCUCUGCAGCCCGCAACAUGCAGCCCUCAUCCCCGGACUCUGAUGAGACUUUGGCAGGCCUCCGCAGGGAGUUCAUAUCCGACUUGAAGGGCUUCAGCUCAUUCUACAGCGGGCUCGGGGAGGCCCUGUGCAGCCGUGAGCCUCCGCCAGUGAACCACUCCCUCUGCUGGAACGGCCAGGAGAUGACAGACAGGUUUUCCGGGCCUGGAUUGAAGCGAUCACACCCCGGCUCUGAGUCCCGAAGCAACAAACCCCCUGAGCCAAUCAUCAGCCAGAUCAUAGACAAACUCAAACACAUCAACCAGCUGCUGCGGCUGGUGACGGUAUCCGAGAAGCGCUGGAGAGCCCGGUCGCGGGUAAGUGGAGCGGACGGGUGGAGCGACGAGGGGGAAGAGGGAUUCGAGAGCGGUGACUGUGACGAUGAGGACGAGUGCACUGGGGUGUCAGGCCUGGGGCCUCCACCGAGACGCAAGCGGUUACGCAUCUUUGCAGACCUCGCUGAUAACCUGGCUAUGGAGGACUUCACCUUCCAGGAGCAGCUGCUGACCCCUGGCUUGGCCUCAGCCGGGGUCGGAGGCGUCUCCUCACCUGCGGCUCCGCUGUGGAGGAGCUCCCUGAUCCCCGCCUUCCCAGUGACGCUCCUUCUGCUCCUGCUUCGUCACCACUGACCGCUGCAUUCACACCACCUCUUUCCCUUAGGAUUCAAUGCAAACUGUGGAACGGGAACUUUUUUUUAAAAUCAGGGUCCCAAUGUAAAGUCCAUCAGAGGAAGCAUGAACCAAAUACUGCAUUUCUCAUUAUUUAUUUUAGCAAUUCAUUCCAAAUGUCCAAAACAAGCCUCUUAAAGCACACCACAUAAACCCGAGGCACUGUGUAAAUAACAAACUCACCCUCGGCUCCACUCCCACUACAGUUAGGACAACUUUUGGGCCCUCUUGCCUCAGCUCCUCACACAGAUUUGUCAUAGAGCUGCAAUUGAGGGGCUACUUGGAGAAGAGACACACAACAGACUCUGUUAAAAAACACAAGUUAUUAUCCUACUGGAAUAAGUAGGGAAGAAGAAGAACGCUUUGCUACUCUCUUCCAUAAUGGGGGGCUGUGAACUCUCUACUGAGCUUUAACCCUUAUUUAAACAUGCACUGUACCUUGAGAUUUCUACUUCAAUCUCAUUGUGUCCUAGUGAUGACUAAAUUAUUUCAGACUGAUUUCCUCACGCACUCUUACCGUCAGUGUUUGCUUUGUUUUGUAACGCUGAUGAUUUUCUAAAGCAACCGCACCGUAAUUAAAAUAAGAGCUCUCCCAUUCAGCCUGAUAACUGUACAGAUGUAUGUUUCUCUGUGUUGGUGCCAUGUUUACAACUAAAAUGUGUUAAUUUGAAAUAAUGGCAUAUUUCAUGUGGUUUGUAGACUGAAUUGUCGGCUGGACUGUGAAGCACUGCUGCAGAUUUCUAGCUUUUUCUUUAGCAUUGUGAGUAAAGCGAGGAGUAAUGUGAAAUAUAAAUGUGUGUGAGUUAAUUUUGUAAUGCCGUCAUUGAGCUCAUACAUUAAAAACAUUUGGACAUUU